AUGAAUGCCCCCAAGAUCAUCAACAAGGUUGUGGUUACAGCACUUGUUCUGGCGUUGGCCAUCAAUUUUACUCACCAAUAUUGUUUUGUAGCAGCCAAGAAGGAACGUAUUCUAUAUGAAUUCACAACAUGGCAUGUGUAUGUUGUCAAUGGACUAAGCAAUAACAGGGAGCUGUCUGUUCAUUGCAAGUCGAAAGACGAUGAUCUGGGCUUCCACUAUCUAUCAGCAGGCGAUAAUUUCACUUGGAGUUUCAGAGAGGAUUUCUUCCUUAGAACACUGUUCUGGUGUGAUGUGAACAAGGAUGAUGCUCAUGCCGUGUUCAAAGUGUUCUGGCAUGACGUUCUCCUCUUCUACAAAUGCAUGUGGAAGAACUGCGUUUGGACUGUAAAAGACGAUGGCAUUUACAUAAAGAAUCUUGAUCAUGAUGGUCUUGAUGAGCUUUAUCGUAAUUGGGAACCUGCAGGGCAGUAG